AUGCCACAACUCGCUACAGCUAGCCGUCCGUGCGAGAAGGCGCCCCCGCCCCCGUCGUUGCAUUCCGCGGUCGCAUCGUUCAAGUUCAAGACACCGCUCACGAGGUACCAUUUCCGGCCUGCCGCCGACACGCCUCGACGGCCUGGCCAACGAGGUAACCCGGUACCUGGACGCGAUGCGAUUCGCUACCACCUCGUCGACAGGAUGCGAGACACGACUGCCGUUGCGAGUAGCCGCGCCGAACAAAACACCGGCUCCGCCACCCUCACUACAAUAAAUAGAUGUCUGCAGGGCGUGCGGAGUCUCAUCGCGAGCGGCGCGAGCGGGCACGUCGACCGUGUCCUCUUUUGCGUGCGUGUUGCUCUACAUCUGCUUCGAGCUGCGCGUGGGAGCGAACGCCUCACCUGGCGCUACCUCACCUGGAACACAGCCUGA